ACAAAUACUAACAAGAAAUUUACGGUUCCAAAUCAAACUCUCUCUCUCUCUCUCUCUCUCUCCCCGUGCCUGCAACUUAGAUCGCGUUUCGCGAAUUGUGAAGCCGGUGAAAUAGUUUUAGCAUCAAACAUGAGGGGAAGAAGCUACAGUUACAGCCCAUCGCCUCCAAGGCGUUACGGUCGACGAAGGCGCAGUCCUAGCCCUAGAGGUCGUUACAGAGGACGUGAUAGGGAUUUGCCAACAAGUCUUCUGGUUCGGAACCUCCACAGAGAUUGCAGGCCGGAUGAUCUGCAUGGUCCAUUUGGCCAAUUUGGUCCUCUUAAGGACGUUUAUCUGCCUCGAGAUUAUUAUACUGGGGAGCCAAGAGGUUUUGGGUUUGUCCAAUAUGUGGAUCCAGCUGAUGCUGCAGAUGCAAAAUAUCACAUGGACGGUCAAAUUUUUCUUGGUCGUGAGAUAACUGUAGUGUUUGCAGAAGAAAACAGAAAGAAACCUGCUGAAAUGAGAGCAAGAGAACGUAGGAGAGACCGAUCAUAUGAUUACAGGCGAUCUCGUAGUCCAGACUAUUCACCUUCUCCAAGACAAAGGCGACAUUACAGAUCAAUCUCACCAAGGGACAGAAGAUAUAGGGAUCGGUCAUACUCUAGAUCACCUUAUGGAUCAAGAAGCCGCAGCAGAAGCAGGAGUUACAGCAGGAGCUUGAGCCGGAGUCCAGACUACUCUAGGUGAUUCAGCUUGUUGGUGGAUGCGGUGUAAAAUGCUUUAGUUUUCAUGUCUUUUUAUCGAGCUUGUGUGUUGAAAUACUUGAGAUUGUUAGUAUUUUAUUUUGUUAAUCUGGUAGAAAGGAUCCGUGGUGGAUUUUCUUCCCGAGCCUUAUGAUUAGACAAAAAAUGUAUUCGAUCGAUAUUCGAUUAUAGUUCUGUCGUAGUGGUUGUUAUUGUUAAUGUAGUUAUGGUUUUGAUA